AUGUCUGGUUGUUGUCCCUGGAAUUGUUUCGGUCUCUGCCGUCGCCGUCGCCCCAGAUCCACCAGUUUCGGCCCCCCUGGCGGCGAUGAUCCUAUCGAACUACGAUACAUAGCCCCCCCUCCUCCGCUAGUCGUACCUGUCCCCCCUGCUUCCUCCCCUUCCGUAAACCCCAACGAUUAUCAGUACGGCGAGCGCGAGAUGUGGGGACACUUGCGACAAAGAUGGAUCGAUAAUGCAAACGAGCCCAACUGUACAGUACAGCUACCAGAGUUUGAAUUUAGAAACUUGACCCAUGCUAAACACCGGUCUCAAAGAUGGACAUCAAAUUUCAACCGCUGGAUUGAAAGACCCCGCGCUCUCCAAGAGGACCUCGCGGAUUGUGGGCUCCCUGUAGGUGAACAAAAUUACCACGAUGUCAAGAUCUCAAAGGAAAGUGUCAUUGCGCACCCGCAAAGAGGAAGGGGAACUAACUUUUAUCAUAUCACGACUGCAAUGGGAGUUAUUGUGCUGAGAAAUGCUUACAGACACGAUGGGCCUUGGUGGAGUCAAAUCGCCCUCGCGCUGUACGAUGUUCACUUCGCCCGGAAUGUCUUGAGACACAUCUACCUCGAAAACGUUGUCAACGACGAUACCACCGACUGUAUACGAACAAUUUGGGCUGAAACUCAACCCCCUAACUCCCAAAUGUUUGACAUAUCUCCAGCAGCCUUAAAUCAGGUGACCUGGGAUUUCGAUACUCCCGGAUAUAAGGCCAUUCUGGGUACAGAGCUUGGGAAAGGAGCGGCUGCUAUUGUUUUGUCGACAUAUCCCAGAGGUACACAUCGUAUCACUAGAAUCGUGGUCUGGAGGUAUGGUGUCUUGCAGAUACGAUUUGAUAUUGAAAACAAAUCUUACAUACAUGUAGGCAGUGGAGAUUUAUAG